AUGACGGAACUCAGACCGAUCAGUCUGUGUAAUGUGGGUUACAAAAUUGUUUCCAAGGUUCUGUGCCAGAGGCUCAAAGUGCUGCUCCCAAGGUUAAUAUCGGAAACUCAGUCGGCGUUUGUUCCGGGCCGCCUUAUUUCUGAUAAUAUCUUGAUAGGCCAAGAGAUGUUUCAUGGACUCCGGACGAAUAAGUCAUGUAAAGGAAAGUUCAUGGCUGUUAAGACGGAUAUGAGUAAGGCUUAUAAUCGGGUUGAAUGGAAAUUUAUAGAGGCGUUAAUGCGGAAAAUGGGUUUUGCCGAGCAUUGGAUCCUCUUGAUGAUGCGAUGUAUUACAUCAGUUCAGUAUAAAGUGUUACUCAAUGGACAGCCAAAAGGAAGAAUUAUUCCUCAACGGGGGCUACGUCAAGGGGACCCGUUAUCACCCUAUCUUUUUAUCCUUUGCACGGAGGUGUUAAUAGCAAAUCUCAACAAGGCCGAAGAAAUGAAGAGGAUCACUGGGUUGAAGGUGGCCCGGGCGAGUCCGGCGUUUGGCCAUACGGUGGAUCUGGAUGUAAGACGGGAGAUACAUCAAAAUCUGGGAAUCACGACGGUCGGGGGUGUAGGAAACUAUCUGGGGAUACCGGAAAGUCUAGGGGGAGCAAAGACAAAGAUAUUCAGUUUUCUGGUGGAAAGACAGAAUCAACGCAUAAAUGGCUGGAAUUCUAAGUGGUUAUCAAAAGGGGGAAAAGAGGUUCUUAUUAAGUCAGUAGCUUCGGCGAUGCCCACACACGUCAUGUCCUGCUUUCGUCUACCUAAGGGAAUAACUAAUAAACUUUCCAGUGCGGUAUCAAACUUUUGGUGGAGCAAUAGUGGACAAUCACGGGGAAUGCAUUGGUUGGCAUGGAGCAAACUCUGUAGGCAAAAGAAGGAUGGGGGUCUGGGUUUCAGGGUAAUUGAGGACUUUAACACGGCCUUACUGGCCAAACAGUUAUGGCGGUUAAUGGACUACCCGGAGUCGCUUUUCGCACGGGUUUUCAAGGGACGGUAUUACCGGAAUUCUACACCUUUGGAUAAUAUUCGAUCUUACUCACCUUCCUAUGGUUGGCAGAGUAUACUUUCGGCUCGACCUCUGGUACAAACAGGACUUAUUAAAAGGGUUGGAUCAGGAUCAUCAAUCUCCGUUUGGGAGGAUCCAUGGAUUCCAGCUUCUAGCCCGAGGCCAGCCGUAGGACCUGGGAUAAAUUUUUCCCUCACCUUCGGAUGUUCCCCUAAUUCUGGGGAUCCCAACAUCACACCUUCCCGUCCUGACUCCAUGGGAUGGUUUUACACAAAGGACAGGGGUCUUCAGGCUCAAGUGUGGAAAGUACAAUGUACUCAAAAAUUACAACAUUUCCUGUGGCAAUCGCUGACGGGUUGUAUAGUGGGGGAUAGACUGAGAAGUCGAGGAAUGCAGAUAGAUCCCCAAUGUAUGCGGUGUGGGAUGGCACCAGAAACAGUGAAUCAUACUCUGUUUGAGUGUCCACCAGCACUACAGGUUUGGGCCCUAUCUCCAAUCUCCACGCCUCCAACUCGGUUCCCAAUAGGAAGUUUGUUUACUAAUAUGGCAUAUUUGUUCUGGGAAUUACCAAAUGAUGACAGAAUGAGGAUGUACCCUUGGUUGAUUUGGUAUAUUUGGAAAGCUCGCAAUGAUAAGGUUCUAGGGAAUGUGGAUUGGGACCCAAAUGAUAUAAUUACAAAAGCGACAGCGGAAUCAUUGACAUGGGCUAAGGCCCAGGAAAAACAAGAAAACAGAGAUCCACGAUCACAGACUCCAGUGGAAACCAUUUUAUCGGGUGACCGGUGUCAAGUGGAUGGAGCAUGGAAGGAGACAGAUUGUAGGGCUGGCCUGGGAUGGUAUCACUUCAAUCCAGAUACACAGAGUAAGCUAAUGGGCUCGUGUAAUCUGAGACGGGGAAUAUCCCCUUCAGACUGA